AUGGAGGCAAAGCUGCUAGGAUUUGCCUCUCCUGGCGUAGUAAGCCCCAGCAAUUCCAAGAUUUCAAGAUUGUGUACCCCUUUUGCCCACCAAAGAUGGAACAAAAAUAGCAGCUUUUUGUGUCAACAAUUUCCUAAGCAGGGUAUUAAGCCAAUUCAAGCCUCUGUAACUUCCAUUGGAUUGACACCGAAAAGUAGGGUAGACGAGACUGAGAGCUAUACUCUUGAUGAAACUGAAAAACUUCAUGCUAAGGUUGGAAGAUACAACAGUCCAGACGAGCAUCCUUUCUUCCCUGAUGACUUACCUGAACCAAUGUUGCCUCCUCUGAAAUACCCACAGGUUUUACAUCCUGCUUCAGAUUCAAUCAAUAUAAAUGGUAAAAUAUGGGAUAUGUACUUCAGGGAUCUUCUCCCCAGAUUAGUUAAAGAAGGUGAUGAUGGUAACUGUGGAUCAGCCGCAACUUGUGACACACUUUGCUUGCAGGUUCUGUCGAAAAGAAUUCAUUAUGGUAAAUUUGUAGCUGAGGCAAAAUUCCGAGCCUCCCCGGAUGUCUAUAAAGCUGCCAUUAAAGCACAAGACAAAGACCAAUUGAUGGAUUUGCUAACAUAUCCAACAGUCGAAGAAGCAAUCCAAAGGAGGGUCGAAAUGAAAACCAGAACUUACGGGCAAGAGGUGACUGUAGACUUUGGUGUAGAUGGAACUGAUCCAGUUUACAAAAUUAAUCCAAUUCUAGUUGCUGGUCUAUAUGGGGAGUGGAUCAUGCCAUUGACAAAGGAAGUGCAAGUUCAUUAUUUACUGAGAAGGCUUGACUGA